AUGACCUCAGGGUCGCCCGCAACAUCCGCAACGGCGAGUCCUCCUGCUGCUGACGGUGCUGAGGAUUCGGCCACUUCGACGCCGACGAACACACCGGCCGAACCAACGACUGAUGGUGCACCAGACACCCAAGCCACCGACACACCAUCCACGGCAAUACCGGCCCCUAUCUCAGGCAAUGGGCUGAGCACCGGCGCCGUAGUUGGGAUCGCAGUUGGAUGUGCCGUGGCAGGUCUGGUCAUUGGCCUGCUAGCCUCCGUCUUCCUACUCCGAAGGCGCAGGAAACCCGACCCGGAACCACGGGCGGUCGAGUCGCGACUGGGGGAAAGGAGGCGCGACUCCCGAGCCUUGACGGCCACACCGGUCGAGCCUGUCACGGCUGUUUCGGGUCUGGAACAGUUCCUCGCGAUCCCGAAGUCGGACAAGGAGCUAAGCGGGGAGCUGCAGAGCCUGGGCUACCUGAUCCAGCAACACGUCGAGGACAAUUAUCACCUCUUGCCCGUGGGGCAGGACACCGACUCUUUGAGCCAGGCGCUGGAGGAUUUGGGGCUGGAUGAUUGUAGGAGCGCGCUGCCUAAGACAGAUUGGCUAGCGGCCAUGGUCGUGGACCCAAGGACGAGGCUUGUGGCUCUGCAGCACGUCAUCGCGAGGGUCAUUUUUGGAAGCCUGUCGGUCGAGCCAAUGGGAAAGAUGUCGAUGCUGCCUCCCUCAGUAUCAAGUCUGGUGCGAACUAUUUCCGUUGCCCUCACGCGCUGGCGUCAGCUCACGGCCUUUCUGCUCAACCCGAGUCGCAGUGAGCGGGGUGUCAUCGUCCCCACGGAUACAUCACUAGAGCCUCAGGCAAGGCAGCUCCUCGGGGAGAUGAAUAAAUUCCUAGGGCGUUUCGUCGACGAGAAUAAUCGCCAGCACCAGCAAGAUCACCUGCGAGAUGUGGUGCUGGAGUGCACAAAGCUCGGCUACGCCAUCUUCUCGCAGCCGGCAGAUUUCACGUGGAAUUUUGGGUCAGAAAGCGGCAGGGACAUCAUGGUGUGCCCGGGAAUGGAGAAAGUAAGCGACAGCCAGGGCGCCAGGUGUCAGCCGGAAAUGAUGUUCCCUCCCGAGGUGCAUCGUGUGUAA